GCCCAACUACUUAACGGUGCAUUGUCUAUUUAUAAAAAAAUAAAAAGAAAAAUAAGUGAGAAGGCAACGCGCGACCAGUCGGAGAGGCGACAAGGCGACAGUGUCAGUCAGUUAGCACUUUGUUGCAGCAACAACUAUAUUCAGCCACUUUCGCUUUCCCCCAACACCAACAACAACAACAACAAGAACAACAACAGUAACAACAACAAAGGCAGUAACAACAGCAACCAACCUAUUCAACGUAAAAACAACGCAAACAACAAUCCAAGGACAUGGACUCGUCGUCGUGGACGCUGUUUGUCGUGUUGAUCUUUCUUGUGAUAAUUAAAGAAAGCUGUCAGGGACCACACGAAAAACGUUUACUUAAUCACCUGCUCUCCACCUACAAUACACUCGAGCGACCCGUUGCCAAUGAAUCGGAGCCACUGGAGGUUAAAUUCGGACUGACGUUGCAGCAAAUCAUCGAUGUGGACGAAAAGAAUCAGAUUCUGACCACAAAUGCGUGGUUAAAUUUGGAAUGGAAUGAUUACAAUCUGCGCUGGAAUGAAACAGAAUAUGGCAACGUCAAAGAUCUGCGCAUUACGCCAAACAAGCUGUGGAAGCCCGAUGUCCUCAUGUACAAUAGCGCGGAUGAGGGAUUCGAUGGCACGUAUCACACCAACAUUGUGGUCAAACAUAACGGCAGUUGUCUGUACGUGCCCCCUGGUAUCUUCAAGAGCACAUGCAAGAUAGACAUCACGUGGUUCCCAUUUGAUGACCAACAUUGCGAAAUGAAAUUCGGUAGUUGGACUUACGAUGGAAAUCAGUUGGAUUUGGUUUUGAAUUCCGAAGAUGGAGGGGAUCUUUCCGAUUUCAUAACAAAUGGCGAGUGGUACUUGCUUGCCAUGCCCGGAAAGAAGAAUACCAUAGUCUACGCCUGCUGCCCAGAACCAUAUGUCGAUAUCACCUUUACAAUACAAAUUCGUCGACGCACUCUCUAUUAUUUUUUCAAUUUAAUUGUGCCAUGUGUGUUGAUAUCAUCGAUGGCCCUACUGGGCUUCACAUUGCCGCCGGACUCGGGCGAAAAAUUAACGUUAGGCGUAACUAUACUACUAUCAUUAACAGUAUUUCUAAACCUUGUUGCUGAGUCUAUGCCGACAACGUCGGAUGCUGUUCCUCUUAUAGGAGUUACAAUUCUUCUAUCGCUCACAGUGUUUCUCAACCUUGUAGCUGAGACAUUGCCCCAAGUAUCUGAUGCAAUCCCCUUGUUAGGCACAUAUUUCAACUGCAUCAUGUUCAUGGUUGCAUCGUCUGUGGUGCUCACAGUUGUGGUGCUAAACUAUCAUCAUCGCACAGCGGAUAUACACGAGAUGCCACCGUGGAUCAAAUCCGUUUUCCUACAAUGGCUGCCCUGGAUCUUGCGCAUGGGUCGGCCAGGUCGCAAGAUCACACGCAAAACAAUAUUAUUAAGCAAUCGCAUGAAGGAAUUGGAAUUGAAGGAGCGUUCCUCUAAGUCCCUACUAGCCAAUGUGCUGGAUAUUGAUGAUGAUUUUCGGCACACAAUAUCGGGCUCACAGACCGCCAUCGGCUCGUCAGCUAGCUUUGGUCGGCCGACAACGGUGGAGGAGCAUCACACUGCAAUAGGCUGCAAUCAUAAAGAUUUACACUUAAUUCUCAAAGAAUUGCAAUUCAUAACUGCGCGCAUGCGCAAAGCUGACGAUGAGGCGGAAUUGAUAAGCGAUUGGAAGUUCGCUGCAAUGGUUGUGGAUAGAUUUUGUUUAAUUGUUUUCACGCUCUUCACGAUUAUUGCAACGGUAACAGUGCUGCUCUCAGCUCCGCACAUAAUCGUGCAAUAAGGCCGAUCAAUUUAGAGAACUAAGUUAUCAUAUAUGUAUAUAUAUAUAUACGAGUAUAAAGUAGCUACAUAUAUGUUCUAUAUGUAUGUAUGAUGAUGAGAAUAUAUGAGAAUGCCUAGUUAAGUUCUUUUUCAACAAAAACGCUGGCGAAGAUGCUUCGAAACAAAGCGAAAACAAUUGUUAAUUACAUUUUUAAGUCAAAACCAAUUUCGCAAAUGAAACAAAAAACAAACAACAAAUUUAGUCGCGUGUACUACAAAAAAAAAAAACCAA